AUGCCAGUAUCAUUUGGAAAAGUCGAGGUGGCCUAUGGAAUAUCCAAGAAUGAGCAGUCGCGGAGGAAAUGGCAGCGUGGGAAAUCGUCCAGCUCCACGAGAGGCACGAGAACAGUCCGCGAUGGGCUUUCCUUGGCGGAAUCUUUGGGGGAAACAUCCGCCAAUCACAUCUCGCGAGCGCUGGCAUCCGACAAAGGGCCGGAUAACUGCGACCAACGCGCCAACCCGGCCUCCUUAAUGGAGACCCUCCUAGCCCACUCCUUUGACUACUUGUCAUCUUAUGACCAAGGUAAAAUUCGCAAAGGGCUCCGGCAAGUCGAAGGGCUCCUGGCGCAAAUAUGCCUGUCGAGAUCCAAAGUCACUGCUGCAGACAAGCGCCGGUCAGCAAUGCCAUUGGGCGCGAAUGGCAUAACUCUGGCAACUGCGAAACCUCUGAGUGAAUUGAGUGGAGAUCCUGCGUUCCGAGAAUUCUUUAAGCUACAAGAGGGUUUCCAAUGGAACGUCGCUAUGCGCCUGAUAUCUUGUCUCGAGCACCUUCUCGGACGCGGCAGCAAUGGCACAAAUGACCGCCUCAUCAUUUCAACCCUGGAUCUAAUCCAAGGAACCCUCCUCCUCCACCCACCCUCCCGCUCCCUCUUCGCCCGUGAAAUAUACAUGAAUCUUCUCCUAGACCUUCUCGAACCCGCCAAUUGCCCUGCCAUCCAAUCCUCUACCCUCUUAACCCUCGUAACAGCCCUCCUCGAUAACCCUGCCAACACCCGCACCUUCGAAGCCCUCGACGGCCUUCUCACGGUAACCUCACUAUUCAAAAUGCGCACCACAUCGCGCGAGGUAAAGCUCAAACUUGUCGAAUUCCUUUACUUCUACCUCAUGCCUGAAACGCCUUCGAUUCCCUCUGCGAAUUCGGCGAGUGCGCCAAAUACAGCUAUCCUCGGCCUCGGCCUGCAUCGGAGUCCGAGUAAGCUUGCUGGUGCGUUCUCGCGAAGUUUUCAUGGGGCCGGGGAUGGGGGAAGAGAUGCGCGUGGAAGUGACACGAAGACGACAGAGGAGAAACAAGUGUUGUUGGGGAAGUAUUUGAGUAAUGUCGAGGAUUUGGUUGAGGAUUUGAAGGAGUCGGCUCCUUUUGAAGGCACAGUUUAUUAG